ACGCACGCGCUUCGCCUUCGAGUCCUCCCGCAACAUCCUCGAGAAGUUAGUCACGAGAGACCCGACCGACCGUUGAGCAAGGCACGAGAAACAUCCAUUUCAACACCGCGAGCAGUGUCGACUGGCCUGCUGGUGUCCUGUAGUUUGUUCAAUCGGUUUUAUCGAAACGGUUGUGUUUGGCUAAGCUGUACACACACCCCUCCCCGUGAGCAGUAGACUGAGCUCAGACAGGAGUUUGGUCAUCAGCAUCCGCUCCGCAUUUUUACGGUGUGCUAACUACUUAAUCGCCUCCACCUUUAUGGAUUUUACUGCACCGUAUUUUUUUUUAAAACGACAUAUUUGAAUACGCGAGACUUGUUUGACUGCGAGGCUUAUUUUUUACCAGACGGGUGAGGUAUAUACAGAGAAUCACACAUGUAGCCGUUGUGAAGCUAGCUGAGGAAGUGGACUGUUACUUUUCCAUCCCUGUGUGGAAGGAGUCGCUCGUCUAGAUGAUUCAAUGUUAUGGAGACGCGAAAUGCCACAUAAAGACUGACCUCGGUCACUUUCAGAGAGACUAAUACCGUCGCCGCCAUUCACUGGAUUACUUGGUGCUGUCUGCAACUGUACAGUUAAAUGAGUUAGCUAGGAAUCGAUCAUCCGCAGCUAGCCCAUUAGCCAACUCCCCAAGUGAUUCGUUUAAUACAGUGUUAACAACAGUUUAUGUCGUGUCGUGUCAUUUCUUUUUUUAAAACCGACAGACAUAUAGAUUGCGUUUAGAAGAUGUCCUUUUUCAAUUUUCGGAAGAUAUUUAAGCUGGGCACGGAGAAGAAGAAGAAACAGUAUGAGCACGUUCACAGAGACAUCAACCCCGAGGAGGAGUGGGAGAUCGUGGGAGAACUUGGGGAUGGAGCCUUUGGGAAAGUCUACAAGGCUCAGAACAAAGAGACUGGGAUCCUGGCUGCAGCGAAAGUGAUCGAUACCAAAACAGAAGAGGAGCUAGAGGACUACAUGGUAGAGAUUGAGAUCCUUGCCUCCUGUGACCAUCACUACAUAGUCAAACUGCUGGAUGCUUUCUAUUAUGAGAGCAAACUAUGGAUUUUCAUUGAGUUUUGUGCCGGAGGAGCGGUAGACGCUGUGAUGUUGGAGCUGGAGCGGCCACUGACAGAGCCUCAGAUCCGGGUUGUGUGUAAACAGACACUGGAGGCGCUGGUUUACCUCCAUGAAAAUAAGAUUAUACACCGGGACCUGAAGGCUGGAAAUAUUCUCUUUACCUCGGAUGGAGACGUCAAAUUGGCUGACUUUGGAGUGUCUGCAAAGAAUACAAAGACCCUACAGAGAAGAGACUCAUUUAUUGGAACGCCUUACUGGAUGGCACCCGAGGUGGUGAUGUGUGAGACGUCAAAGGACAGACCGUACGACUACAAAGCAGACAUCUGGUCCCUGGGGGUGACUCUGAUCGAGCUGGCACAGAUCGAGCCACCCAACCACGAGAUGAACCCAAUGAGAGUCCUGCUAAAAAUAGCAAAGUCUGAGCCCCCCACACUCGCAGCUCCAUCACGAUGGUCUCCAGAGUUCAGUGAUUUCCUGCGGAAAGCACUGGAUAAGAAUGUAGACAAUAGGUUGAGUGCAUUGCAGCUCUUACAGCAUCCAUUUGUUUCAAAUGUGGAGGAUAACAAACCACUGCGAGAGCUAAUUGCUGAGGCUAAAGCCGAUGUGGUUGAGGAGAUUGAAGAGGGAAAAGAGGAAGAGGGAAAAGAGGAAGAGGAGGAAGAAGAGCCCGAGCCCCAGCAGGCAGUGCCUGGACACAAACGUGCAUUAUCGGACACCAGCGUUGGCAGCUCAGAGGAUGAGAGGCAGUAUCAGAACACGCCAACUCUUGAGUCAGUCACAGAGAGGGCUGAACCUGAAAAAAAACCCAGUUCAGAGGAUCAGGCUAGUGACAAGACCUCCGACAUGCUGGUGGACACCAGCAAACCCAACCAUGCUGAGGAUGAGAAGAUGAAUGAGUUUAGUGUGUCAGACACCAGCAAUGAGGAAUCACGUUCUGGUGAGGAGGCUGUACCAAAACAAGAGGAAUCUCCUACACCAGUGACCACAGAAGUGGAUAUUUCUGAUCAGCCAAACCCACCAGCAUCAAAUGACACCGUCCUCCAAGAGAUUGUGACCGUCAGUGAAGAAACUGGAGAGGAAGAAAAGAAAGAAGUGAAGGUGGAAGAGACAACAGAGAAGAAAGAAGAGUAUGAAGAAAUGCAGCAGCAAGCCAAAGCACCAACCACCACAGAUGAAGAAGAGGAACGUAUCCUGCCUUCAGAUGAAGCUGAAGUAGUGAACAAAUCUGGUGGUGUUAUUGAAGAAGGCACUGAACCAGUUGUUACAGGAAAAACAGAAGACAAAAUUGAGACUGAGGAAGAAAUUACUAAAAAGGAGCUAGUGGAGGAUGAGAGAACAGUAACCUCACCAGAUGUCUCUACAGAAGAGGUAAAGAAGAACCAAUUGGAAAUUUCACCAGAUGCUUCUUCAGAAGUAAAGGAGGAGCAAACGGGAACUUCACCAGAUGUUUCUACAGAAGAGGUAAAGAAGGAUCUUCCUCAAGUGGCAACAGAGGAACAAGAUAAAGGUGGAGAUGAGGCUGAGAGUUCAGAACCCAAAGAGGAUCCUGCAACCAAGGGAGUAGAUGUAGUAGAGGACACCUCUGUGAAUGAAUUGCCUGUUUUUGUCAUCAAUGGUGUAAAAGAACAGGAGGUCAGUGCAACAGAAAAACCUCAAGAAGGCAAUGAAGACAGACCAGAGAGCCAGGAAGCACCUACCAUGCUUGAGAAUGACCAGAAUGCAGCAGAGGUGGUGAAACCUGAUGUUGAAAAAGAGAAAGACUCUGACUCAGGCAGCAGUUCUGCUGCAGAUACUAACAGCAUUGACAUUAACCUGUCAAUCUCCAGCUUCCUCUCCAAAAGCAAAGAAGGAUCUGUUUCAAUACAGGACAGCAAGCGCCAAAAGAAAACCCUGAAAAAGACCCGCAAGUUUAUGGUCGAUGGGGUGGAAGUCAGUGUCACCACAUCCAAGAUUGUCACCGACAAUGACACCAAGAGUGAGGAACUGAGAUUUUUGAGGCGUCAGGAGCUACGAGAACUGAGGCUGCUGCAAAAAGAGGAGCAAAGAGCUCAGCAGCAGCUCAGCAACAAACUGCAGCAGCAGAAAGAGCAGCUCUUCAGGCGCUUCGAGCAGGAAAUGACGGGAAAGAAACGUCAGUAUGACCAAGAGGUGGAGAACCUUGAGAAACAGCAAAAACAGACCAUAGAGCGUCUGGAGCAGGACCACACCAACCGGCUGAGAGAUGAGGCCAAGAGGAUCAAAGCAGAGCAGGACAAGGAGCUCUCCAAGUUCCAGAACAUGCUGAAGAACCGCAAAAAGGAGGUCAAACAAGAGGUCGAACAGUCCCCCAAACGCAUGAGAAAAGAGCUCAUGAAACGCUUAAAGGAAGACCUAGCAGUCAUUCAACAUGAAGAGGAGCAAGAGUUUCUCCAGAGGCAGCAGCAGGAGCUGGAUGGAGCUCUGAAGAAGAUCAUCCAGCAGCACAAACUAGAGAUUGCCACUAUAGAGAGAGACUGUCUCAACCACAAGCAGCAGCUCAUGAGAGCUCGGGAGGCAGCCAUGUGGGAGCUGGAGGAGCGCCACCUGCAGGAGAAACACCAGUUGCUGAAGCAGCAGCUGAAGGAUCAAUACUUCAUGCAGAGACAUCAGCUCCUCAAGAGGCAUGACAAGGAGAUGGAGCAGAUGCAGGGUUAUAACCAGCGGCUGAUUGAGGAGAUGAAGAACAGGCAGACACAGGAAAGAGCUCGGCUGCCAAAGAUCCAGCGCAGUGAAGCGAAGACGCGCAUGGCAAUGUUUAAAAAGAGCCUGCGGAUCACUGGCACAGGAACACCAGAGCAGGACAGAGAGAAGAUCAAACAGUUUGCUGCUCAAGAGGACAAGAGACAGAAGAAUGAGAGACUUCAUCAGCAUCAGAAACAUGAGAACCAGAUGAGAGACUUGCAGCUGCAGUGUGACUCCAACAUCAGAGAACUUCAACAGAUGCAGAAUGAGAAAUGCCACCUCCUGAUUGAGCAUGAGACUCAGAAGCUGAAGGAGCUGGAUGAGGAGCACAGUCAGGAGCUGAAAGACUGGAGGGAGAAGCUUCGUCCCAGGAAGAAGGCUCUGGAGGAAGAGUUCACACGUAAACUGCAAGAACAGGAAGUCUUCUUUAAAAUGAGUGGAGAGUCUGAAUGCCUCAAUCCCACCACCCAGAGCAGAGUCUCUAAAUUCUACCCUAUUCCCAGUGUCCACUCCUCCGGCUCUUAACCUUCACAACUGAGCUUUAUUUAAAGCGAGGAAGUGCUGUUCUAGUCAAGAGUCCAUUGACCUUUCAAAGGUAUGAGAUCAGAAUAGAUGCAUGGGUUUGAAAUUAAAUUUCUGAGAGUAAGAAAGCUAACAAUAAUGAAGGACAAACCUUAUGCAUUACCUUGACAUGCUUUUUUCCACAUUGAAUCCAAUGGAUUAACAUUUUAGUUUUCUGUGUGUUGUCUUCUGGUCAUGUUAAU